AUGGCGCCCAUGUUCUCCAAGACGCCCACCUUGUGCAUGUGCACGCUGUGCCGCACCCCAGCCUCACCGGAAGAGCCCCCUUUCGACAUGUGGAAGGAUUAUUUUGGCUUCUCAAAGGUGAUGGCAGAGAUCGCUGAGAUGCAAAAGGCGGACCCGGUUUCGGCGCCAACUGGUGACGCGUCGGGUUGCGGCAUGCCACUCGCAGACCAUGCAGGGACGUCGACGCAGUGGCCCAACAAAAGCGUGCCCAGCGGCAACGGCAUUUCCGGACACGGUGCCCACUGCCAGGCUUCCCAGGCCUCUCUGUUUCAACAGCCCCUGGCGUGGUGCACGUUCUGCAAGCGCAACGGCGAAUCCGUGCCCAUCUAUACCUCCCACCCGCUGAGGAGUGCCGAUGGGGCCGUGGCCUGCCCUGUCUUGCGCCGGUAUGUCUGCCCACUCUGUGGUGCGUCUGGAGACAAUGCCCACACGAUGAGACAUUGCCCGCUUGGCCAACAAAAGCAUGCGCUCUAUGAGAAAGAAGGCCGCGACUCGGCUGGACGCAAGGGCCAGAAUUGA